UUUUUUUUGUCUUGGAUUCUUUUUUCUUUUUUUUCUUCUUGUUUCCCAACAUUAUUGAUUAUUAUCACCUCUUACGCAUAUAUACAUACAUACAUAUAUCUAUGUGUGUAUGUAUAUAGCGAAAUCUUUACUGCAGAAUACGUUUUUCUUUUUGUGUAUAGUUUGUUUGUUUAUUGUAAAUACGAAUGUCGAUCUUUUGUUGUGGAUCAAUUGAAGAAAGUGACAUGGCCAACAAAUACAUAGAAUUUGAUCAACAUAUUGUUCCUCAUGUUAUGCAAAAUACAAAUUGGGAUUGUGGAUUGGCUUGUGUUGCUAUGCUACUUGGAGGAAUGAAUCUCAACUUGACUUUGAAUGAACUCAUGCAACAAUGUGCUGUAGAAAGUGUAUGGACGAUUGAUUUGGCCUUCUUAUUACGAAAAUAUGUAGGAGACUUUACAUAUUAUACCAGUUAUUUUGGAAGUCGCAAGGAAUAUCAAGACGAUAGUUUUUAUCAAGCAAAUUUUGAUCAAGAUGAACUCCGGGUGAAUCGAUUAUUCUCUAUUGCAAAAAGCUCUUCUAUUCAUGUUGUAAGAAUGGUCCUUCCUCUUGAUGAUUUCAAACGGUUUUUAUAUUGUAAGAAAUUUGCAAUGAUUACUUUGGUGAAUGCUCGGUUUUUGAAUUGUCCUAUCUGCAAGGAGCACCAAAGUUGUGUCUUAUCUGCUUGUGGUCAAUUGAAUUCAUUCAUGGAAAAAGUCAAAGGCAAUGAUUACUUAGGGCACUUUGUAGUAUUAAUAGGUUAUGAUCCCAAUGAAGAUAUGUUUAUUUAUCGCGAUCCUGCUGUAGAAGACAAGUUUUGUGUUAUAUCUGCCAAGGAUUUGGAUCACGCUAGACAAGCAGAAGGCACAGAUCAUGAUUGUAUUGUGAUUCAGUUAUGAGGACUUCAAAAAUAAACCUGUUUGUACUUUUUGGCAUACGGGGGUACGUGCAGAUAUUUCUUCUUUUAGAUCGUGUAGUCUCAGUGUAUAUAGCGAACUUUAAUAAAAAAAAACCAUUUUUUUUUUUAUACAACAACACACAAUAACAACAACAACAACAGUGCGUUUUUUUUUGUUUUUGUUUUUGAUCUCCUUAGUGUUUUAGUAUACUAGUUUAUCUAUUUUGUUAUCUCCGUAUUUCUCAGUAAACCUUUUAGAUUGGACAAACUGUACACCCCUUGUAUGUACUUCAUUCUGGGAACUAUUUUAAAGAUCCGGUCCAGUAAAAGUCGAUUGUUUUGUGGCACAAUUUUUUUUUAUCGAUAUAUAUAACGCGCCAAAUAAAAAAAUUCCUAUUCCUAUUUUUUUUUUUUUUCUUUU